GUUUUGAUGACGUCAAAUGGAUGCGACGGCCUGGGCUCCUGGCGGGGAGGCUGGAUUGUGUGAUGGCUCCCAAACGGCGCUCGGAUCAAAGUGAUGAGGGGAAAAGUGUGAAAAAGAGUAAAGAGGGCGAAGUCGCUGUUAUCCGCUCGGAUCUGGAGGAUGAUGGGAUCCGGAAUGGAGUGAAAGAAGCCUGGAGGAGAAAGACGAGUUUCUGUCACGGCAGUGUGCAGUUGGACUGUGAGCCGUUUCCUCACUGCAGAAUCGGGAAUUUUGUUCAGAAUGAAAGUUUCGUGGAGAACCUGAGAGACGAACUCCUGCGGCUCAGUUUCCACAGCAAGUCCAACGACCUGUACAAGUUCCAGCAGUCUGAUGAUCUGAAGAAGAGGAAAGAGCAUCACAUUUCUGAAAUCAGGUCACUUCUUUUCCUCCAGUUCCGCUCUUGGCUGUCUGGGGUGUUAGGAGUGGACUUGGAGCCGACUGUGGACAUUUCCUGUGCUAAAUACGAGCACACGGACAUCUUGCUGUGUCACGAUGAUGAACUUGAAGGACGGAGAGUCGCCUUCAUCUUUUACUUGGUGCCUCAGUGGGACCUGAGUGACGGAGGAACAUUAGAUUUAUACAACACGGACGAACAUUGUGAGCCGCUGAGCGUAGUGAAGUCUCUGCUGCCCUGCUGGAACACUUUGCUAUUUUUUGAAGUCUCUCCUGUUUCCUUCCAUCAGGUGUCUGAGGUUCUUACCAAUGAAAAGUGUCGCUUGUCUCUGAGUGGUUGGUUUCACGGCCCGUCCCUGCCGAGGCCCCGGCGCUACACUGAACCCGCAGUGCCACGUCUCACACACGUCCUCCAAGAUGAGUCAGUGUUGUUUGAGUGGGUGAAUGAGAUGUACAUGGAUCCUCUGUAUCAGGCUCAGGUGCAGCAGGAGUUUGAGGACGCGUCAGAAAUCCGCUUGCCGAACUUCCUCCAGGAGGAGAAAUAUAAGCAGGUGACCGAGGCGUUACGAUUGGCUGAAAUCCAGUGGGAGAGGAGAGGACCGCCCAAUAAGAGGUGGUAUGCACGAGCACAGCUGCAGAAUUUGCCCUCCUGUCUCAAGGAAUGUUGGGAUCUGCUCUCGUCUGAGGCGUUCUUCAUCCUGCUGUCCAACCUGACGGGGCUGAGGCUGCACGCUCUCGCCACCGAAGAGGAUGAGAGUGACAGCGACGGGCAGGAUGGACGGAGCGAGGGGCAGGAUGGACGGAGCGAGGGGCAGGAUGGACGGAGCAACACAGACAAUGCAGAGGAUGAGAGAAAUGAUCUGGAUGGUCAGGGCCCCAGUAGCACAUCUUCAUCCAUGGAGAAAAAACCCAAAGGCCCUCCUGUGUGUGUUGGUGAGCUCCGUCGUUGGUCUCAUGGUGAUUACACUCUGCUGCACGACUCUGUAAAAAGAGAGUUCGCACUGGACCUGCUGCUCCAUUUGGGAUGUACAGGCUGGAAGGCGGAGUUCGGAGGAUUUACAUCGUACAUCGCGCAUGACGAAGACGAAGAGCUCCUGACCGUGUACCCUGAGGACAACUCUUUGGCGUUGAUCUACAGAGACAGAGAUACUCUGAGUUUCAUCAAACACGUCAAUCAUCACAGCGUUGUUCAGGAGCGCGAGCACACACUCGCACAUUUUUACGAUUUCUCUUUCACGUACUACGAAUAAACACAACCACAAAGACUUUAAUCAGGACUUUAUACAGCAACAAAGGCAUUUUACUGCAUAACACGUACAAAAGUUUGCACCCCCCCUUCAUUAAUGGAUGAAUAAAUAAAACCAUGCCUCUGUUAUACAGUUUAUAUACAAUAAUAAUAAACAUUCACGCUUCAUUCAUA